GAAAGGGUAAAGCCUCCCAUGGGAGUCAACAAAGCAUGGCAUACCAAAUUGAGGCAGGACCAAGUUCCUCUCUGUUGCAUCAAGGCUGAGUGAGCAUCCCACCAUAGAGAAUAGGUUCCCAAAAGUCUGUUCAUAUGCCAGGGACAGAUCUUGGCCCCACUGCUAGGGGUCACAAAUAAUCAAGCUACACAACUAUCACCCACAUGCAGAGGGCUUAGGUCGGUCCCAUGCAGGCUCCCUGUGGUAUGAUUGAGCAUCCUUUGGGUAUAUGCUCAAGAGUGGUAUUGCUGGGUCUUCAGGUAGAUUGAUUCCCAACUUUCUGAGAAACUUCCAUACUGAUUUCCAAAGUGGCUGUACAAGUUUGCACUCCCACCAACAGUGGAGGAGUGUUCCCCUUACUCCACAUCCUCUCCACCAUAAGCUGUCAUCAGUGUUUUUGAUCUCAGCCAUUCUGACAGGUGUAAGAUGGUAUCUCAGAGUUGUUUUGAUUUGCAUUUCCCUGAUGACUAAGGAUGCUGAGCAAUUCCUUAAUUAUCUUUUGACCACUUGAGAUUCUUCUGUUGAGAAUUCUCUGUUUAGAUCUGUACCCAUUUUUAAAAUUGAAUUAUUUGGUAUUUUGAUAUCCAGUUUCUUGGGUUAUUUAUAUAUUUUGGAGAUCAGCCCCAGACCACUUGACUUCUUGGCAAACUUUUCUGAAAUUUAGAACUAAACAUUUCUUCUGCACAAUUAUGGAGCCAUUGUUUAAUUCACGUAAUGGUAAUAGGGCGGAAGCCUGAUUGUCUCAAAGAGGGCCUGGAAGUCUUUAAGAGAGCAAGCAGUGGUAAUCAGAUGCAAGGUAAGUGUAAUUGUGUUUUUGGGGGUAGAAAAUUGAGCAGCGGGGACAAGAUGCGAAGUUCAGCUCACCAGGAACAUGAACUUGAAGGCAGGUGGUAUCAGUCAUAUGAGCUUGCGUACGGGAAGGGAUUAUUAGCAAGCCUAGUCUUCAGUCAGCAGCUUCACAGUUUUCUUCCUCAGUAAUUUUUUUGACAGGUAGGCAGUCUUGGAGCUAAGGGGCAGGGGCUUCCAGGUCCAGCGCACUUGGUCCCUGUGCCCGAAGUGGCCUCAGGGAAGCAGGCUUCUCCUUCACUGUUUGUCUCUAGGUUCGACCGGCUGUAUCCAUCCUGGCCUCGGCUCAGCGGAAGUGCCGAACUGGGGUUCCAAAUGGGAAGGUUCUUGGCUAUCUUCAUCCAGCUCUUCCCAGCGAUCUCCCAGGAAAACCGGGAGAUGCAGGCAAAGGGAAUCAAACUUCCCGCGGGCAGAGUUGAGGCGGGUCGUAAAGAGGAAAGGACCGGAAGUCACAGUUGCCAUAGCCACCGAUGUGGCCAGCCUCUUCCUCGUCUUAUCCUCCUCCGGAUCCUCCCGCUGUUUUCACGCGGCCCGAAAACAGCCAGAACGAGGAAGUGCUGACGCACCGGGCCUGAUAGAUACACCCCGAGGCUAACCACUCGGACAGCCAGCAGAUCUGGGACGAGGACCAGACCGGAAAUGGUGGUUUCUAUGGCAACCCCUGAGCGGGUUGCCUGGGAGAUGACCCCUUUUGGUCUCUUUGAAUCUUAGCUGUAGCAUUACCUCGAAGGAGGAUCGAACAUCCUGGACUGUCUCCUGCCAUGAUUCCCGGGAAAUACCGCUCCGUUUCUGGCCGGGCUGCAAACAAUGUGAACUGUGGACUUCAUCUGGUUAUUCAAACGUCGUCGAUUCCUGACAAAAACAAAGUUGAAUUCAAGCUUAAUAGAGAAACACCAUCAUUUCCUGGGAGACUGUUACAGCAUGAUCUGGAGAGAAACUACUCAAGUAGACAAGGAGAUGGAAGAGUAGUAAGUCCGUCGCCUCGUAAUAAGUCAUCAUUCAUCUCAUCCACAACAAACGGGACAGAACCCUGUGGGCUGGACAUGAGAACGGCCACAAGCUCCUUGUCAGCAUUUGGAGACUCUUCCAUUCAGACACCUUCAAAGCCCAGAAUCCGGCAGGGCUGUCAUAGUGCUGGCCCCAAUGUAUCUGGUGAUCAUAUUAAUCUGGUGACCUCAUCAAUGCCAUCAUUUCCUAUUCUCCAGCGUUCUUCUGAAGAGAAAGUUCUUUACUCAGACAGGCUGACCCUAGAAAGACAAAAGUUGACUGUGUGUCCUAUCAUCGAUGGGGAGGAACACCUUCGUUUGUUGAACUUUCAGCACAAUUUUAUAACUCGGAUCCAAAAUAUUUCUAAUCUACAGAGGUUAAUAUUCUUGGAUUUAUACGAUAACCAGAUUGAAGAAAUCAGUGGGCUUUCCACUCUGAAGUCCCUCCGUGUCCUUCUGUUAGGAAAAAACAGAAUCAGGAAAAUCUCAAAUCUGGAGAAUCUAAAAAAUUUAGAUGUCUUGGACCUUCAUGGAAAUCAGAUCACCAAAAUUGAAAACGUUAAUCAUUUGUGUGAUUUGAGAGUUUUAAACCUUGCCAGGAACCUCUUGAGUCACGUUGACAAUCUCAAUGGUCUGGAUUCGCUAACUGAACUUAACCUCCGACACAAUCAGAUCACCUUUGUGAGAGAUGUGGAUAAUUUGCCCUGCCUCCAACGCCUCUUUCUCAGCUUCAACAAUAUAUCUAGCUUUGACAGUGUUUCCUGCCUUGCUGACUCAACUUCUCUCUCAGACAUCACCUUUGAUGGCAAUCCAAUAGCGCAAGAGUCAUGGUACAAACACACGGUCCUUCAGAAUAUGAUGCAGCUGCGCCAGCUAGACAUGAAGAGAAUCACGGAAGAAGAAAGACGCGUGGCAUCUGUUGUAGCCAAAAAAGAGGAGGAGAAGAAGAGGGAAAGUCAUAAGCAGUCUUUGCUGAAGGAGAAGAAAAGGCUAACAAUUAACAAUGUUGCUCGAAAGUGGGACUUGCAGCAACGUGUGGCCAAUCUUGCCCUCACUCAGGACAGAAAGGACUCUCAAUCUCCUCCUCAGGAACCCUGUCAGAUCGAUGGAGGCUCCAUCUCAGAAUUUCCAGAGGAAACAGGGUCUCUAGACCCAGGGCUCAGCAGUGCGUUACAAGGUUUGUCGACCACAGAAACACACUUGGUGGAGAUAGAAGGAGACACCCUCUCACUGUAUGGCUCAGGGGCACUGGAGUGCCUGGACCGGAACUGGAGUAUCCAAACUGCCGGCAUGGUCACCACCGUCUCCUUCACAUUCAUCGAAUUUGAUGAAAUCGUCCAGGUGCUUCCCAAACUGAAGAUGAAGUUUCCAAACUCUCUGCACCUUAAAUUCAAGGAGACCAACCUUGUAAUGCUGCAGCAGUUCAACGCACUAGCACAGCUUCGUCGGGUUGACCAGUUGACAAUCGAUCCUCAGGGAAACCCAGUGGUCAACUUCACGCUCUGGAAGUACUAUGUGCUGUUUAGGCUCAGCCACUUCAGCAUGCAGAAAAUAAAUGGAACGGAGGUGACACAAAACGACAUGAUAAUGGCCGAGCGGCUCUUUGGAAUCCUAGCCCAUGUGGCAUCUUCUGAGUUGCCUCAGUACCGCAUGAUUUCAAUUCUGGGUGAUGCCAGGAAAAAGCAAUACCGCUAUCUACUGGAAAGCAAAGGUAAAAAGCCUGGCAUUGUCAGUGAGGAGACCAGUGACAGCAAAAGGCUCAUGGGAGAAAACACGAACCGCGCUACCCUGAAUUACACCACCCGGGAAUUCUACCACGAGAAGCUGGAGGAAAUAAAGGACAAGAAGAAGUUCUGCAAGAUGUAUGUAGAAGACCUCGUGAAGGAAGCCACAGCAAUCAACAUGAAAAACGAGGCUCUGCAGAAGCUGUGGCCACAGAUGUUCAUUGAGCUUGUGAGGGACGCCGUCAUAGAAAUCCGCAGCAAGGAUUCCUACAUGAAGCUCUGCCUGCAGCAGAUCACGGACCAGAAAUAGGGAUGGCUCCUACUUCUGGAGGAUUUAGGCAAUUGGAGCGUUUUAAAAGUUUGGCAAGAUGCAGGUUAGGCAUGUUGACACAACACCACUAUCCCACAGACUAGAAAGAGUGGCGUCGAAGCCUCGCUGCUUGCGCUGUCGAGAAAGGAGGAAGACAGGAGAGAGGGAGGGCUCCUUUCCCAUGCAUGCUGACCACACAACCUUGAGAACCCGAGCGGAUGGGAGGAGGAGGCCUGGCUGCUGGGUCGGAAUGCUUCUUCAGCUCCCGCUCUCACUGGUGGGCCUGCUCCAGCCCCAAGCACGCAGUGUGUGCUGACAGGCUAGCAUGAGAUGCUUCUACCAACCUCUAGACUCUUCUCCUUUUUUUUUGCCUUUUUAUUUUAUGUCAUGAUUUCAAAGCCAAGCAUAUGUUCUUUUUUAUGAGUGAAGAAUAAAUACAUUAGUUAAAAAAGAAAAAA